AUGAGUGAUGAGAUCACUUAUACAACUGUGAGGUUCCAGAAGACUUCUUCGGAGUUGCAGAACAGAGGAAGGGCUGAUGAGACCCAAGGGCCCAGAGAAGCUGACCACAGAGAGUGGUCAGUCCCUUGGCACCUCAUUGCAAUACCUUUGGGAAUUCUUUGUUCCAUUCUGCUGGUGACAGUUGCCAUGUUGGUGAAACACAUUUUUCAGUAUAAUCAAGAAAAACAUGAAUUGCAGAAAGCUCUAAAUAAUCUCCAUCAAGAGUACAGCACCAUGCAAAAUGCAAGCUACUUAAUGGAAGAAAUGUGGAAAACUAAGUCUGUAGAGUGUGAUGCCUGCAAAGACCAUCUUGUUUCCCUCAACAGAAAACAGAAUUACUAUGGGGAAAUUAAUGUUGUUUUAGAUUGCAAACAGCUCACAGGAAAACGUGUUGAAGGACACUGGUUCUGCGCUGGCAUAAAAUGUUAUUAUUUCAUCACGGACGAAAAACACUGGAGUGGAUGUGAACAGACCUGCCAGAAUUGCAGUUUAUCCUUUUUGAAUAUAGAGGAUAAUGAUGAAUUGAAGUUUCUUCAGCUUCAAAUUAAGCCAGGCAGUUACUGGAUUGGAUUAUCAUAUAACAAAGAAAAAAGCAAAUGGCAAUGGAUUGGUGACAGCCCAUCUAAACUUGACUUGAACACAAUGAAAUUGAAUCAUAAUACUGGAAGAUGUGCAUUUUUAUCUAGAGCAAGACUAGAAAAUGAGUCCUGUGAUAAAACCUACACCUGCAUCUGUGAGAAGAGACUGGAUAAAUUCCCUGAUUCAUUCUUCAGCAGGAACUAA